UCUGAUUCCAGAUAAAGGGACACUUGUUUUUACAGCAUGGACUUUUGACUAUUCAGCGGAGACACUGCACGUCCACCUUCCACCAGCAGGUGCACUUUGACGCGCAUGGGUGCGAUGGCUGAAGUCUCCACGUGACGCAGGUGGAGCAGCAGAUAGCGCAGUGGUGCGGAGCCCCCACCCUGCCCUGGCUGCUGGCCGAUAACACAAAGCAGGGAAACAGCGCGACCCUGAGAACACCACCAUCGCGCCACCUCUUUCCCCACACGGAAGGAGUCGUGAAAAAAAAUGGUCGAUUAGCGGCCUUUUACGCACGCAUUUGUCUCCUGCUGUGACUCUGACCGCCGCCGUGAAGUCGUCUCUCACUCCGGAUCUUCAGCUGUGAGCUGCCUGCACAGCGAUGCUCUCCAAGAAGCAGAAAGACCUGAUAGCGGAAAUAUGGGAAGGGUUGAUCUCUGUGGCAGACGAUAUUGGAGCAGACGCGCUGCUCAGGAUGUUCGCCUCUUAUCCCGGUACCAAGACCUACUUCUCCCACCUGGACAUCAGCCACCGCUCCGCUCACCUGCUCUCUCACGGGAAGAAGAUCGUGCUGGCGAUCGCGGAGGGGGCCAAAGACAUCAGCCAGCUGACCGUCACGCUGGCUCCUCUGCAGACGCUGCACGCCUACCAGCUGCGGAUAGACCCGACCAACUUCAAGCUCUUCUCACACUGUAUGCUCGUGAGCCUGGCGUGUCACAUGGGAGAAGACUUCACCCCGGAAGCGCACGCGGCGAUGGAUAAAUACCUGUCGGCCUUCGCUGCCGUGCUCGCCGAGAAGUACAGAUGAGACCAUCCGUGAUGAUAUAGGACAUGAAAUAUUUAUUUUUGUGUAGUUGUCUGAAUGCAAUAUUUUGUAAUAAUAAAAUGUGCAAUGAACUCAA